UUAUCUUCAAAAAGUGUAAACUUUAGGCGGAUUUCCACUCAAUGUCCGGACGUCCGGACAAAAUUUUCAACCAAUCAGAAACCUUCAUUUUACUAACACAUAGGUAAUACUAAAAUAACUUGACAGUUCGUUCAUCCAAUUUUUUGAGUUAAAAAAUAUUUAACUUCUGGCUGAAGGCUGAAGCAAAAACACACACUCAAUAGCAAACGUCAGUCCAUCAGAAAUGUCAGUUCUUCGGGAGUAGUGGAAAUCAACCUUUUUAUGUUCAUGAUAUUUGCAUUUGCAUCUUAACAGUGUAAAAAUAUUAUUGUCCGGACGUCUGGACAUUGAGUGGAAAUCCGCCUUUUAUAUAAAAAAUAUACAUGCAUAUAUAUACAUGUGUGUAUGCAAAAUGUUCUUGAGUAAUGUAAUUUUCGAGUGAGAUUUCGAGUGAUAUUUCGUAUCGUGCCUCCCUGUUUUUUAAAAUGUAUACAAUACUAUUCACUUUGUUUUUGAAGGUGCAAUGCUCAGCUGAUGAUUUCAGAAAAAAAAAUCCAAUUGAAAAACAGCAAUUUAUUAGAAAAAUUUUCCAUUAGAAAAACGGAGAAUUCUGAUUCGAAAGUGAAUAAAAAGUGACAGACAAAAGUGAGAUUCAUACACAAUUAAACUGUUAAUAUUUUCUACUCAAGAUGUCGCUAAUUAUUCAUAUUUCUUUCAUUCUGCCAACUUUACGAAAUAAAAUGUUCUUGAAAUUUCUAGAUAUUUCAGAGUAAAAAAAAAGGUAAACAAACUUAAUAAAACGAAAAUAGGUUAUGGUUGACUGCUAGUAUUUUGUUAUAUUCGAUUCUGGCAACAUACAUUGUAUGUCUCUUGUUUAAGAAUAAAUAAUACAUUUUCAAAUAUCUGAGAAUUAAAUAUUUUAAAAUGAAAAACGAAAACAGUAAUAGUGAUUUACAACAUCCACGGAUUGAUUCAUUGCAAGCUCUGUUAAGGUUUGCUAUCCAACAGACCAAAUCUGAAGAUGCACCACAUGAAUCUGUAUAUGAACAAAUGGAUCCAGAGAGAAGAAAAUUUUUGGAAAAUGCUUUAAAAAGUUGGACUGUUGAUAUUAUGGAAGAAUUAGAAAAGGCUGUAAAAAUUCUUGAAUCAGCAGAAUCUAGUGUUGAUGAGAAAUUACAAUCACUUGAAAUGAUUGAAGAAUUAGCUGGUGACAUAGAUUUAGCUAACAAUUUCUUGAAAAUUGGUGGAGCCAAUAUUAUUAUUUUAUGCUUAAACUCCGAAGAUUCUCGAAUAAAAACUUCGGCUAUUGAAUUGGUUGGUGAAAUAAGUCAAAACAAUCCAUUUGCACAAUCGCACUUUACAGAAAUAGAUAUGAUCCCUCGCUUGAUAAAAUUUUUGAAUGAUAGUGAUAAUAAUGUUAUUAAAAGUACUUUACAUGCGAUAUCAUGUUUAGUGAGGAGGUAUGAACCAGCUCUUGCUAUUUAUGUAGAAAAAGAUGGUUUAGAAAUGAUUUUAGAUUGCAUAAAACGAAAAAUUUCGGAAGAAAAAAUAUUGACAAAAGCUGCGUUUUUAGUUGAUGCUUUGUCGAUUGAAUUUCCAGAAGUUCGAGAACAAUUUUUAAAAUUGGGAGCUAUUGAAAUCUUAUUUUAUAUUUUAAAGGAAUCAUUAAAAUGUUAUGAUGGAAAUUAUAGCGCAAAAGUAGAACACAUUUUAUCAGCAUUAAAAACUCUAUCAGAAUCUAGUAAAGCAAAAGAAAGAUUGAAAGUCAUCGAAAAUGUUCAAAGUACUUUAAAUCAAAUUUUAGAUUUAUGUCAUUCAAAGGAUGAAUGUGAAGAAAUUAUUAGUCAUUCAAAAUAUAUCCUUAAUAUUUUUAACAACGACGUAGGUAACGUGUCACAAACAACAGGUCCACCAAGUUACCAAGUUUCUAUAUGGCAAGACAGAACAAAGCCAACACAGUGAAUUAAAAUCAAAAUUAUUAAACAGUAGCUAAUAUUUCCGAAAACUGCAAAAAAAUUUAUGUUCCAAUUUUUCAAUAAAAAAACAAAAUUUUUUUCUAUUAAAAUUUUCAAUUAAAAUUUAAAAAUUGCAAUCAUUUAGAUUAAAAAAAGGUAUAUUCAUAUAUAUGCAUGAAUGUAUGUUCAUAUGCAUGUAUAUAUGUGCGUAUAAUGUAGUGAUUAUAGCUUAAUUUAUUAAUCUUUCAAUAAAUACUAAUAAAUAUAAGUUUUGUAUAAGUUACUAUGUA